GCGGUCACUGAACUAUCAACAGUACACUCACACACAACCAUAAUAUACGCUUACACGGGCCGGCCAUAGUACAUAGCGUAGUAGUAGUUUACCUGCCGUCUUCCACGUACCAAGACACGGCAGCGGGUUUGCGGUGUCUCGAGUGCGGGAUUAACACGUGUGUAGUUAUUGUGUAACACAGUCCUAACGCGCGAUAAAGGCCGAUCGCCGAAUUGGAUUUUGAUAAUAUUUUGUUUCCUUUUUUUCCCCUAUCCGUCAACAGGGCAACGGUGUGUGUUCGGAGUGUGUUUUUGUUUUUUGCUCGUAGUUUCCAUAAAAAUAAUAUUUUAGUAUGCGACCUGUCGGUGUUGCCGCGAGUCCGUCCACGAGAUAAGCGUGCAACAGCCAUGUGCGGUCACCACCAUGUUCCGCUGCAGUGCCGUGACCUGACCGACCCGCAGGGACCGCCGUCGCAGCCGCCGUCGUUGUCGUGCUCAUCGCCACCGCCACCGCCACCGCAGCCGACUCCGUCGCGAGUCUCGCUGUGAAAAGCCACCCUUAUCGCGGUCCGAACGCCAUGGACGUGUUCAACCAGUCGUUGAGCACGGGCCUGGGCGGAGCGCCUCCGCCCGACAAGCUGACGGCCGACGUAUCGUUCGGCGCCGGCACCACGGAAGAGUUCAACCUGAGCUUUUUCGACGACACCACCACAGACACCGCGGGUUCUGAGAGCCACGACCCGUCGUCGUCGCAGCCGUUCGGCGACGACCCCGGUUCUGUCGAAUCGGCCGUAUCGUCGCCGCACGCAGCUUUCCAGGACGUCUGCGUCCAGUCGCCCAGCAGCUCGACGUACCACCGGCCGCCGGCACCGACCGCCGCGCCCGUAUACGUAGCGACGCCACGCGCGCCCACCGCCAGCAACGCUACGCCGUCGUCCUCGACGGCCGCCGUCCAAGAUCAACAUUUUGCGGCAGCCGAUUCCAACACCACGCCUGCUAAAUCGUUCGUGCCGUGCCGUGUGUGCGGCGACAAGGCUUCAGGAUACCACUAUGGAGUCACAUCGUGUGAAGGCUGCAAGGGUUUCUUCAGGCGGAGCAUACAAAAACAAAUCGAAUACCGGUGUCUGAGGGACGGAAAAUGCUUGGUAAUACGUUUAAACCGAAACCGAUGCCAGUACUGUCGUUUCAAGAAAUGCCUGACUGUGGGCAUGUCCAGAGACUCCGUUCGAUACGGAAGGGUGCCGAAGAGAUCCCGCGAGCAGCUCGACUCGGAAACGAAAACGGUGACGGCGGCCGACUCGAUGGUUACCGCGGCCGUGGUAACCACUACGACCACUACCCCGUCGGCGCCGGUCACCAUAGCCGCGGUCACCCCGGAAGCGAUAACCACCGCGGCGGCGGCGGCGGCGGCGGCCGUCAUCGAGACCAACUGCGGCAGCGUGUCGGUGUCGUACGACGUGAUCGCCGCCAUAUCGCAAGCUCAUCUCACCAACUGCGAUUACACGGACGAGCUGACCAGAACGCUGCUCCGGAAACCUGUCGCUUCGCCCCCGGCCCAGGGUUGUUCUAGUCCUGAAGUGGCUUCCUCGACGGCCGACAGCGAGGAACAGCAAAAGAUCUGGCUAUGGCAACAGCUGGCCGCGCACAUCACGCCGACGGUGCAGAGGGUAGUGGAGUUCGCCAAGAGGGUGCCGGGUUUCGUGGACCUCAGUCAAGACGACCAACUGAUAUUGAUCAAAGUGGGAUUUUUCGAACUGUGGCUGUGCUACGUUUCCAGACUGGCCACGGACCUUUCGUUGACCUUCUACGACGGCACGUUCAUCACGAGACAGCAACUGGAACUCAUUUACGACGUGGAAUUCGCCACUAACGUUUUUCAAUUGGUCACGUCGUUCAACAGUCUGUCGUUGACCGACACCGAAGUCGGACUUUUCGCCGCCAUAGUCUUGCUGACGCCCGACCGACCGGGAGUGUCUGAUGUCAAGACAGUCCAGCACAGUCAGGACCGUAUCGUGGAAGCGUUCAAGUUACAACUGAGCAAGAGUCACGGGGGAGACAAAAAUCUAGCACAAUCCGUAUUGUCGAAAUUGCCCGAACUGAGGACCAUCGGCCGCCGUCAUGUGGCCUAUCUCGAAUGGUUCAGGUCGAAUUGGCACAUGCUUAAGUUGCCGCCGCUGUUCGCCGAAAUAUUCGACAUACCCAAAUGCGAAGAGGAUCUGCAUCAAGGCUGAAUAAAUAUUUUUAUUAUUAUUAUUAUUAUUAUUACUAUUACUUUUUAUUUGUUUUGGUUUUUGUUUUACAAAUUCCAAACACAAAUCGAUACUUCCUCAAUCGAUCGAGCAAAAACGCGUUAACAAUCAAAAACUGAAAAACCAACGAAAACGUUAAUCGAUUUUUUUACUAUGUUUUUUUAUUUUCUCGUUACAUUUAGGUAGGUAACAAAUAAUAAUUUAUCUCUCGGAUUAACACUGGACUCGAUAAUAUUAUAUGGAAUGCGAAUUGCCUAUAUAGUUUGCCGUUUAUGAAAGUGUCCGCUAGUGGGAGGCCGCCAAGUUGUUAUGGGUUUUUCCACGAUUGAUCGAAUAUAAUUUAUGAUUGCGUUAUCACCGUGUGUGCCGAUGUGUUAUCAUCGCUCACGGAUAUAGAUAAUAAACUAGAAUGCUAACUUGUGAUAACGGAUGAAGCGAAAAACCGGACCAUCUGGGUAGUGUGUAUUUUACAGACAUUUUUGUUAAAUAUAUAAACACUGAUUUAAUAAAGAUGGUGGAAAAUUUGCUUCACCGAACUCUAUAUUGCCAACAAAUAACAGUGAGCGAUCUUGUUUAUUAUCUAUAUGCGUGACAUCGUCUAACCUGGCAUUUAAAUAUUUAUCAUGGAAAAUUAUGGUGGCAUUUUUACAUUCCAUGAUAUUUUGAUAUACAACAUGGCUGCUUCCUAGGUAUAUUGAGUUCAGUGCUUGGAAAUAUUAUUGUUUGUCGUCGUUUAAUAAUAACUAUAUUCCCGUAGGCACCUGUGCUGAAAACCACACACUCUUAGACGUAGACAGAUUCUUUGAAUUUGUACUUUUGUACAAAAAGAAGCCAUUACUUAACCGACGGUCGUUGUUUUUUUCAUGUUAUUUCAUGGAAAAAAUAAAAUUUGACAGUUAAAAAUAGAACAGUGUGGUUUUUCGGGCGGGCUGGAAAUAUCGUUAUCAAUAAUCAUCAUUGUUCAAAAACAAUAAUAGAUUUUUGAAAUAACAAAAAAAUAUAUAUACAUAUAUUUAGGGUUACAACACUAACAAUGUAUGUAAUGCGUAGUAUGUUACUUGUUCGCAAACACAUAUGAACAUACAUUUUGGACAAUUUAUUUUAUUUUAAUCUUUAAAAAACGUCUGUGUAGGAAUAUCGACAGUGUGUUUUAGAGACACAAUAGGUAUUUUAUAACGUGUACCGUAGAGCGAAAAAAAAAACACUGUUCAUCUCGAUUCUUGCUUGAGUUGUCGCUAUAAAAUUUAAUCGUUUUCAUAUCAUGUACUUUAUUAGGUAUUAUUAUAAUUUUUAAAUAUAUUUUUUUUUUUUGUAAUUUUUAUUUAUAAUCACAUACCUAAUGUGUUCAGGGCUUAGUGGAGUACGUAUAUUGUAUUAUGCUAUGGAUGAUAUAAUAUUGUACAAAUCGCAAUAGCUCCCUUCCCUUUUAUACAAAACCUACGACCAUAAUAUAUUAUUUGUUAUAUAUUAUGUAUUCGGUCUGCAAAAAAAAUUAAUACUAUUGUCCUUGUACUGUGUUCAUCAAUGACAAUCUCGAGUUCGUUUACACGAAAAUAAAAAAGACAACGUAAAUGACAAAAAUAAGCAAUAAUAUAUUAUAAUAUUAGUGUUUUUUUAGUAUAGAUAAUAAGUAGAAAAAAAAAUCACUGUUAGCUGCGAAAUAUGUUAGUUAUUUCAAUUUUCUUACAAAUAAAAUCUAUUAAAACAUUCUCCUUUUUUUUUUAACUUUAUUAUUUCAACUAGUCAACUGAAGCAAUUUGGUCCAGCAAUUAUAAGCAAACAAAAACGCUUUUAUGUGAUAUAUAUAUAUAAAUACAUUUUUUUUUUUAGUUGAAUUUUUAUGUUAUUUUAUCUUUUUACAUUCCAUACGUUCUUUAAGUAAAUAAAAUUAAACGUAGGCUGUAAGUCUUGAUACUUUUUAUUAUCUUCGCGAUAUUGUUUAUAUUUAACCUAUACAUAUGCAUAUAUUUUAUAGUUCUUACGCUGUUGUUGUUAUUGUUGUUGUUAAUCUUUUUUUAUUUUGUUAGUUUUUACAAGCAAAACCGUGUAAACGUAGAUUACUACAAAACAAUGCAAUAAACGACCCAAUCACCGCAAUAAGUAUUCUCUACCGGAUUAAUGGCUGUCUUGUAAAAACCGUCACACGAUUUUCUAUUUGUUUACUACUCUUCCAUCUUCCCUUCGACUUGACUCACUUUCGCACACUACGUCUAUUUCUUAUUUCACAUAAUAUACUCACAAUCGUGCUACUUUACCAUUCUCUAUCUUUCUUUUCUUCUUCUCGAAAGCGCAAACAAAUUUUACAUCACAAAUUAACUCGUAUAAAUUACAAUGUUGUACACACAGGGUAGAUUAGAUAUUUCAGAUCGUUUAUAAAAAAAUAUAAAUACUAAAUGAAACGUUUCGAUUUUCUUUUUUUAUAUACUUAUUGUAACAGUGUAAUUAAAUUAAUUAAAUGAAAUAAUAUCAUAUCUUGUAAGUUUUAUUAGAAUAAUUUUUCAACGCCAAGGUAGUAAAUCGAAUGAUAUUGUAUAAUAUUCUUUAUUAAUUGUAUUUAAAACAAAAAAAGACAUUUAAAGUUUUUUAAAGUGACAAUCACGGAUACUGAAAUGGACUCACCUUUACCUUUCGCAAUAAUUAGGAUAAUGUUUUAAUAUAUAUUUUUAGUAACUAUAGUGAAAUUAUAAAAAAAGAAAAAAAAAAAUUAUAAAAAAAAAGAAAUCUCCUUUUUUUGUGAUGUUACUUUAUUUGAUAAUACUAUCUUAAUUUUUUUUACUCCACAGUCUAUCCUGUAGUAUGAUUCUUUUAAUUAAUCUAGGUGUAAAAGACAGAAUUAUUUUUUGUAGGUUUUUUUUUAUAGUUUAAUUAGUAAUUUCAAUUUGUUUAUAUUAAAAUAGUAUAAUGCCAUCGUCGAACAUGUUAAUUAUUAUUGAAUUUAGAUAAAUAGAUGCGAUUUCGUGAAUUUUUAAUAUUAUGACCUUUGAAUCUGAUUGUUCGACAGAACAGUACAUAAUAUUAUACUAUAGUAAUCGCUAUUAGAACAAUUUUUGUAUUAUGAUUAUUAUUAUUAUUUUUUUACAUAGUAAUAGAUAUAUCUUUUUUCUACUUUUGUUUUUUUAUCGAAAAUGACUCGUACGACUAUAGCGUUAUUUAUUAUUAACUUAGCGUUAAUUAGUUUUUACACGUGUACCUCUUUUUAUAGAAUUUAUAUUGUAUAAUAUUAGGUUACUAUAGGUAUGUAAUGUCUUCGACAUAUUUAAGCAUCGAGUAGGCAGAUCGUUAAGGAAAUGAUUAAAAAAAAUAUUAUAAAAAUAAUAAAAAACAUUUACAUUAAUUAAAAGUAACAAAAGUUUCUUUUAGUAAACCGUUGUAGGAUUGAUUUUUUUCUGCUAAUAUAUUAUUAUUAUAUAUUUUACAUUAGAACUUUUUUUUAUUAUUAGUAUUUUAUUAUUAUAAUUAUUAAUAUUAUUAUUAAGAGAAUGUAUUAUUUCUUUCGGGUAGAUGUAUAUUUGUUUUUUUUUUUUAGACAAAAAUUUAGUAGAUGAUAAUACUAUUGUCGUGUAAACAUAGUAAUACUAAGUGAGUAGACGUGUAGUGGUAUUUAUUACUGAUCUACAUAAUACUGACAUUUUAUUUUUUUUGAAGCUCGGUACUUACCGUAUCAUAAAAUUAAUAAUUAUGAUUCUUUAUCGUUACAAGUUUACAUAGACUAAUAAUUGAUUAAUUAUUAUACUUUUGUAAAAUUAUGUUAUCAUUAAUAUUUUUAUUAUUAUAUUGUAGCUCCUUUAUUCAGUAUCGUUAUACUAUAUAUUAUUAUAUUAUAUUAUUAAAUAUUAUGUUUUGCAAUUUUAGGUUAACGUUUUUAUUUUAUUUUUUUGUUUAUCAGUAUUUGUGCUUGUUAUAUACUACAUUAUGUUCUAUUUGUAAUUUUUUAUUAUUAUUAUUAUUAUUAUUAUCGACACUUUAUUUAGAAUAAUUAGUCCGAAC